ACAAUCUUCACAAUAUAUAUUUCCCAUACAAAAUGAGUCCACUGUCACUGAGUGGAUCCAAUCUGGAGAAGAUACUAGACUCUGUUGCAGAGUAGAACCAAGUGUCCAACUCUCUGAUCCCAUAUCAUCAACUAGAGAGAACUAAAUAUGAAGCCAAUCUUCAACACCAACGAAGAAUUUGAGACGGGGCUGAAGAAUUUAACUUCAAAUGUGAAGCAAAUACAAGACAACUUGUUGGAGGAGAUAAUCACUCCCAACACAAAUACAGAGUAUCUCCAACGUUUUCUCACCGAGAGGUUCGACAAAGAGCUCUUCAAGAAAAAUGUGCCGAUCGUGACCUAUGAAGAUAUUAAGCCUUAUAUCGACCGUAUCGUUAAUGGAGAGUCAUCCGAUAUCAUUUCCGCCCGACCCAUCACCGGUUUCUUGCUAAGUUCGGGAACUUCUGGAGGAGCACAAAAGAUGAUGCCAUGGAACAACAAGUACUUGGACAAUUUGACAUUUAUCUACGAUCUUCGUAGUCAAGUUAUAACCAAGCAUGUGAAAGGUGUGGAGGAAGGUAAAGGGAUGAUGUUUCUCUUCACUAAACAAGAAAUAAUGACUCCUUCUGGCUUGCCUGCUCGAGUCGCAACCAGCAGCUAUUUUAAGAGCGACUACUUCAAGAACCGGCCAUCUAACUGGUACUACUCGUUCACGAGCCCUGAUGAAGUCAUCCUAUGCCCUAACAACACCGAAAGUCUAUACUGCCAUUUGCUCUGUGGCUUAGUCCAAAGAGACGAGGUUGUGAGGAUGGGUUCCAUCUUUGCUUCAGUCAUGGUCCGAGCGAUCAAGGUUCUUGAGAAUUCUUGGGAGGAGUUGUGUUCAAACAUCCGAUCAGGUCAUCUCAGCAGCUGGGUCACAGACUUGGGUUGUCAAAGCUCUGUGUCUUUGGUCCUUGGAGGACCACGUCCUGAAUUAGCAGACACAAUCGAAGAAAUCUGCAGCCAGUCUUGGCAAGGUAUAGUCAAAAGACUAUGGCCAAACACCAAAUUUAUUGAAACCGUUGUUACAGGUUCAAUGGGACAGUACGUUCCCAUGUUGAACUACUAUUGUGACGACUUGCCUCUCGUUUCAACAACCUACGGUUCUUCAGAGACCACAUUCGGGAUCAAUCUAGAUCCUCUGUGCAAACCUGAAGAUGUGUCUUACGCUUUCAUGCCAAACAUGUCUUACUUUGAGUUCAUACCUAUGGAUGGAGACACCAACGAUGUAGUCGACCUUCAAGAUGUGAAACUUGGGUGCAGUUAUGAACCCGUGGUCACAAAUUUCGCUGGCUUGUAUAGGAUGAGAGUGGGAGAUAUUGUAUUGGUGACUGGCUUCUACAACAACGCGCCUCAGUUUAAGUUUGUAAGAAGAGAGAACGUGGUCUUAAGCAUCGAUUCCGAUAAAACUAACGAAGAAGAUCUGUUUAAGGCUGUGAGUCAAGCAAAGCUCGUACUCGAGUCAUCAGGUCUCAUUCUAGAAGACUUCACCAGUUAUGCUGACACCUCAACAUUUCCUGGUCACUACGUGGUUUACUUGGAAGUAAAAGCCAAAGAGGGGGAGGAGGAUAAGAACAAGACACACCUUGAGCUCGAUGAAGAAGCGCUCUCCAAGUGUUGUGUGGUAAUGGAGGAGUCGCUUGAUAAUGUUUACAAGAGAUGUCGAUUCAGAGACGGAUCGGUUGGGCCUCUGGAGAUAAGAGUGGUGCGUCAAGGAACGUUUGAAUCUCUAAUGGACUUCUUCAUCUCACAAGGUGCUUCCACCGGUCAAUACAAAACUCCCAGAUGCAUUAAGUCAGGGAAAGCCUUAGAAGUAUUGGAGACAUGUGUGGUAGCCAAAUUCUUCAGUACUUGAUUGUUCUUCCUUGGAUUAAUAUAUAUAUUGAUUCAAGUGAUUUGUUGUGGUUUCAAUAAACUAAAUGUGUACUAGUUUGUCUGAAUGUGUAUAAUUUCUAAUAUAUAUUGAUCAAGUCUUUUGUACUAGUUCAUUGUUGUCUGCAAAAUGGAACACAACAA